AUUUGGCUUGACAGUGUGUGUGUGUGUGUGCGUUCGUGAGUUUUCUUUCUGGCAAAAAUAUUUAGCGUUUUAUAAUUAAAAAUUGCCAAAUUCAAUUGCUAAUAUAUCCCAAAAAUUAAUGCAUAAGAAACUGGGUGCAUACAAGUCAAUCAGCGCGUUCCACUGCAAAUUUCAUAAAGUUGAAAGAGAGUUUCGCAAGUUCAACAACAAUUACAAGCAUUUAAAAACAAGUGCAUGACGAAUGCAAAAAGGCAACGUCAACGACACAAAAUUCAGAUAACAAUAGCAGCAACAAAAACAGCGCUAUUUGACUUGCAAUGAGAUGCAAACUCGACGUCGCCAUCAGCAAACGGACCAGGAAUACACCAGCAGUUACAGCAGUGUUCCACAACCUCCUUUGGUGCAGCAGCAGCAGCAGCAACAACAACAUUCAACGCUAAUCCAACCAGGGCUGCAGCAGCAAUUCGUGCAGCCAACUCUUGAGGCUGCCAUACACAUUGGCGAAGCGCAGCAAUUUGCUGCCGACGUCGACGCAGACGACAAAUACAACAAGGCAGCGCGUGGCCAGUGGAAUCUCUUCAGUGGCAUCUCGUCACGCUCGGGACAGGCGCUACGUUCGUUUAUCCAGCAACCCCUGAGCGCCGCUGCUGCCGUUGUCACUGGCAAUCAUCCACAGCUACAGUCGCAGCAAGGCGACAACAAUAACUUCGAUAAUUUUGGAGUACAGCCAGAGGGUGAACUUGAUUUGGACUUGGAACCGCAGCAGGAAGUCUUCAUAAUGGCAGCCAGAGAUCGCACGGGGGAAUUUGCAAAUGCGAUACGUUCGCUACAGUCACGGAACAUAACCAGAGCUGUCAAUAUAAGAGAUCCCCGCAAGGCCAAACAGGUGCAAAGCUACUCCGAGUUCAUGAUGGUUGCACGUUUCAUAGGCAAGAACAUUGCCAGCACAUAUGCCAAGCUGGAGAAGUUGACCAUGUUGGCCAAAAAGAAGACUCUUUUCGAUGAUCGACCACAAGAGAUCCAAGAGUUGACGUACAUCAUUAAGGGCGAUUUGAAUGCCUUGAAUCAACAGAUUGCCCGAUUGCAGGACAUCUCCAAGGAUCAACGACGCACCAGCAAUGGCAAACAUCUGGUCUCACAUUCCUCUAACAUGGUGCUUGCACUUCAAUCCAAGCUGGCUAGCAUGAGCACCGACUUCAAACAGAUACUGGAAGUGCGCACCGAAAAUCUCAAGCAUCAGAAGACGCGUCGCGAUCAAUUCAGCCAAGGACCUGGGCCACUUGCUGCACACACCGUUUCACCGUCGACGGCGAAGCAGGGAUCGCUGCUGCUCAGCGAGGAGAAUCAAGCAGUCAGCAUAGAUAUGAGCGACACCUCACCACUGCUUGGUCCAACGCCAGCACAUUUGCAGCAGCAGCAGCAGUUGGCCAUCUACGAUGAGUCCGACACAUAUGUGCAACAGCGAGCGGAAACGAUGCAGAAUAUUGAAUCGACCAUUGUGGAACUGGGCGGCAUCUUUCAGCAGCUGGCGCAUAUGGUCAAAGAGCAGGAGGAGAUUGUUGAACGCAUCGAUACCAAUGUGGCGGACGCGGAGCUGAAUAUUGAGGCGGCGCAUGGCGAAAUUCUCAAAUACUUUCAGUCCGUUUCAAAGAAUCGUUGGCUCAUGAUUAAGAUUUUCGGUGUCUUGAUAUUUUUCUUUCUGUUCUUUGUUGUCUUUAUGUCAUAAUUAAUGCUAAAUACCCCGACCUUGUCCUCCACACCGCCCCACUCGUCCCUCACUAUUCAAUUAUAAAUUAUUGUGAAUACAUUGCUAAUAAUAAUACUAUAUUAUAUUUUAAUGGGAAUGCAGUUUGAAUUGUACAAAAGUCCAAGUUCGAUUUCAUUUCGAUGAUGUAAUAAACCAAUUAUCAAGCAUAGUAACUUACAAUUUUGUUAGCAUUUAAAUUUAUCUUGUUCACAUGUUGGCUGAUAAGGUAUGAGUCGUAAUCUUUACGAUGAAUAUGAUAUGACGGGUUAGCUUCAGGGUCGUCUCAAUCAAAAAUUCCACUCUCCUUGAAGCUAUGUGUAAUUUAAAAAGAAAUAGAAAUGAAUUUAAUAUAAUUUUACUUUAUUUUCUUUCAGGCUUCAACUACCAAAAUGCAAAUCAAUAUUAAAAAAAGAGUAAUAAUAUAUUAAUCAUUAAAAAACAUUAGAAGUCUUCAACAAUACACAGAAUAUUAACGUUAUGUCGAAGAUGUCUUUCGUUAUGGAUCUAUCGCAUUAUGAAUUUAACUCUGAAUUUACACGUGAAAUAUUUGUUCGAUUUGUUUUUAACCGAUUGCCACACAUGCACUAGUUUAUGACGACUUUAACGAUGCAGAGAGAGAGGAUGUAGUUAAUGCGCUGCGCUGGUGCCAAACAACAAUGAGAUCCCCACACAGCUUUGCCCGUUACCCUCUAUGUUGAGAUGAGCGAAUAGACCAUGCUAAAAUUAGCCAAUAAUAAUAUACAUAUUUAGGCGAGACAGCACGAUUUAUAAAACAUUUAUAAUUACCCAUAGAUGUAGUAGAAGAAACUAAUCAGGUAGACAGCCAACUUAAUCCAACCUUCUCGCAUGUUACGAGAUAACGUAUCCGUCUUCAGCACCGUGGUGGGAUCAUACAGACCCGGACCGGACAUAACAGGGCGAUUUUUGUACCUAAAACAAUUAUGAUUUAUUAAUUUGUCAAGAUUUGUGAGGUUUUAUAUCCCAUACAAACAAAAACAGAAGAGCAAAAAAUUUCCCCCUAGCGUAACGACCUUGCAAAAAUGUCCCUUAUAAAUUACCCAAGUCAAAUAUUUGGGAAACGAAGUACAAAGCUCAGCUCAAACCAGCUAUGUUGCCGGCGGCUCGAAAACUGUUGAAUAAUGACUGUCUGCUGGGCACAGAUCUGAUAUUAUCUUUAAAUACCCAUCGAAGCUUUUGCCCUUUAACUUACCGCCAAAUGUGAUAGGCUAUCAGAGGUAUAUUGAUGCAUAGCGAGAACCAUUCUCCGCAGAAGAGGAAUAACAAAUUAAUGAAUAUGUGUAACAAAUAUUCCGGUAGAACCAGCUGCAGACAAAAAUGUCAUUAAAUAUGGUAAUAAAAAAGUGUAUACUAAGUUGCUUACCGGAUUUAGACUGUUACACUGAUCAAUUGGAUUUUUGUAAUCUGUUUUCAGUUCAUCGAACGCAAUGACAUGAAAUAUUGCGAAAAAUAUUAAGAAUGCAUCACCGAUUAGCGCCACAAUAUAAGUGAAUGCGGUAAAGUUGAAGGCCAUUCUGUUUGUUGUGGUUUGUUGAAUACUGUGCUAGCACCUUUUAAUCGAAUCCAAAUUAACUCGCUUUCAAUUUUUU